AUGCGCUUUGGCGAGAAUGCCUUGGAGCAGAUCUGUCAUGGUUCUCCUCUGUUUGUCGAGUCACAAGUGACCUUCCUCAAGGUCCUGGCUCUCCUGGCGAUAGCUCUUGCAAUCCCAAGUAUUGGACUGCGGUGGUAUGCGAGGUACAAGUCCUCCACGCUGGGCGUUGACGACUACCUCGCCCUCCUGGCCACGCUCGCCUUGAUAGCGGUCGGCGCUGUUCAGCUCGCAAGUUCCUUCCUCGGCUUCGGUGUACACGUAUGGGUUGUUGACCCCCGGAAUGCCAUCCCUCUCUUACGGUUAUACUGGAUCAGUCAGCAGCUCUACAUCCUCGAUCAGCUUUUGACUAAGAUCUCGCUCCUCGCUUUGUACCUGCGAGUGUUCCCCAAACGAUGGAUCAACCUCACGGCUCGCUACGGCAUAGUUGUGAUGGUAGUGCAAGAGACCAUCUUCUACUUCCUCAUUUUGUUACGUUGUUCUCCGGUUUCUGCAUCCUGGGAUAUACGCCAGAAAGGCCAGUGCCUAGACCUCAAUGCCAUCGGGUUUGCAGGCGCUAUACUCGGGAUAGCAGAGCACUUCGCCAUUUUGGUCAUGCCAUUACCGGAGUUGUGGAAGCUGAAACUCUCAAAGAGGAAGAGAAUCAUGCUCGCAUUUGUGUUCAGUCUUGGGUCUUUUUCACUUUUCACAAGCGUCAUCCGAAUAAGAUACGUCCGGAAGUUUGCACCCACGGCCGACCUCUCAUGGGAUAUAGCCCCUGCCAUAUCCUGGUCUCUCAUCGAAAUGCUCAGCGCGGUGAUCUGCCUAAAUCUACCCCCAUGCCGACAGCUCAUCAGCAAAAUCAUCCCACGUCAACUUGCCACGACCAUCCACGGCGGGAAGAACGGCACAGGAGCGUAUGGGGUUUAUGGUGCAAUGACUGAUCGGGGCGCGCUUACCACAGAACGAAAGGGCAACCCUCCGCCCAUGGGUGGCAUCCUGCACACGACUACCAUAGAGGUAACACAUGAAGUCAAUGCCGAUGAUGACUUCACCGCCAAAACGAGGCCAUCGGUGUCAUCCGCCGCAUCAAGGAGGAGCCUGCAGACUCUUGACGAGGAAUAUGACGAGCCCAAAGAACGAGGCCGAACCAAGGUGAAGCGCCCGCCUGCAGCUACAGUGAGACGGACACCGAGUUUGGACGUGGUGGACAUUGACCGGUCCAGGUUGGGCCUGUACGAGUAUUUUCGACCCAAGGGUUGA